AUGAAAUUGUUGUUGUCUCUGAUCCUCCUCUUCGCAUUUUUCUUGCCUUUCAUAUCUGCCUCCGACACCUCCGAUCUGUUCGAAAGGUGGUGCAAGGAACACGACAAAACCUAUUCUUCCGAGGAAGAGAGACGCUACAGGUUCCAAGUCUUCGAGGACAACUAUGCCUUUGUCUCCCAACACAACCGGAACGCCAAUGAUAACAAUUCCACCUACACCCUCUCCCUCAACGCUUUCGCCGAUCUCACCCACCAUGAAUUCAAAACCUCGCGCCUCGGUUUUUCCCCUUCCUUGCUUCGAUUCAAGCGGGUCCAGAGACGACAACAUAGUGAACUGCUACACCUUCCUUCUGAGAUCGAUUGGAGACAGAGCGGCGCUGUUACACCCGUCAAAGACCAAGCCAGCUGCGGUGCAUGUUGGGCGUUCUCAGCUACUGGUGCAAUCGAAGGUAUAAAUAAGAUUGUCACAGGGUCUCUUGAAAGCCUUUCUGAACAAGAGUUGAUAGAUUGUGAUACAUCCUACAACAGUGGUUGUGAAGGUGGACUCAUGGAUUAUGCGUACCAAUUUGUCAUUGACAACAAAGGGAUCGAUACUGAGGAUGAUUAUCCAUAUCAAGCUCGGCAACGCCCUUGCAGUAAGGACAAGUUAAAAAGGCGCAUUGUUACAAUUGAUGGUUAUGUUGAUUUGCCUCCGAGUGAGGAAGAGCUACUAAAGGCCGUUGCUUCACAGCCUGUAAGCGUAGGCAUAUGUGGUAGUGAAAGAGCUUUCCAGUUGUACUCACAGGGUAUCUUCUCCGGACCAUGUUCAACUUCUUUGGAUCAUGCAGUAUUGAUAGUAGGAUAUGGUUCUGAAAAUGGAGUUGAUUAUUGGAUUGUCAAGAAUUCAUGGGGAAAAUAUUGGGGAAUGAAUGGUUACAUACACAUGAUAAGGAACAAUGGCGAUUCCAAAGGGAUAUGUGGAAUCAACACAUUAGCUUCGUAUCCUAUCAAGACCAAGCCUAAUCCUCCUCCUCCUCCAGCUCCUGUAAGAUGUAAUCUGUUCACUCACUGUUCAGAAGGAGAAACAUGUUGCUGUGCCAAGAGCUUUCUUGGAAUAUGCUUUUCUUGGAAAUGCUGUGGGUUAACUUCUGCUGUGUGUUGUAAAGACAAACGGCACUGUUGCCCCCAUGAUUAUCCAAUUUGUGAUACAGAAAAGGGCCUAUGUUUAAAGAUUACAAAUGGGACAGCAAUCACAUCGGGGAAUCAAGAUUUCUCCGACAAGCCAAGAGGCUGGAAAUCUCAUUGA